UCACAAACAGUAACACGAGCGUUUCCCGCUGCAUCGUCCACCACACGACCAACCACCGCAAUUCCCGCCAAAUCAUUAUUGUCACAUUCCACGUCAGCCGCUAGUCGACGGCGUCCCACUAUUCUCAAGCGCGGAGCUGGACCAAAUGCAGCACCCGUUAUCACGAACGUGUUCGCCGGUCCGCGUCAUACAGAUCCUUAUCGGUAUGCCUUGCUCAGAGGUUCCGCCGAUGGAAAACGUUAUUUAGUCCUCGGAAAUCAAGGUCUAUUCGAGAAAAACAGCGCUGGUUCGUUGAAUUCCAAUGUGUCGGAUGAAGCGUUGACCGAACAGACUGAAGCAAUCGAUGCUUUGCAAUCUCAGACGGAAUUGCCUCUUGGUUUUCAUGCUUCUCGACUGAUCACCGAAUCGCGUGAUCAGGAGGACAGUUCCAUUGACGUGGACGAAUCCAUGAAAGCUGACCGCGCUCCAGCCCUGUGA